AUGGUCCACGUGUGCCAUGCUCGUCACAACCACGUUCGGCGACUUUUAAGUUUUGCCCUUUGGUCGUUUCUCACGCAGGUGAUUGUCGCCACCAGCAGCUCGAACGAUACGAGCACUUGCGAUGAGAACUCUGCUUUGAGCACGAGGCAUAUCUCCGACUCACGACGAGGAGGGCCUCCACGUCGGGUCACGCGCCUGAGCCAAUGCGAUUUCGAGAACGGCACCUAUCGCAUCAGAGACUCCGGAAGGUACAUCCUGAUGGAGGACAUCUACUUUGGCCCUCGACCGGACAACGAUUACUGGCCAGAACCCCAGGACCCCAACUAUCCAGCAAGUCAGUUCUAUCUCGGCUUCUUUGCUGGAAUCACGGUUGAGGCUGACAACGUUGAGAUAGAUCUCAAUGGGCACACCCUUGCACAGAACAAGGAGUUCUAUCUCCUUCAGCGAUUUUGGAAUGCUAUCGAGCUUGCCAAUCGUGUCUUUGUGGACAACGAGGGUGUGUCAUCGCUCAACUUCCAGGAGGGGGACAAGGAGCAAUUCCAAAGUGGACGUGUCCCUGCGAUGCGGGGCGCACGCAAAGUCUACAUUCAUGAUGGGACCCUGGGCUUGAGCUCGCACUCUGGCGUGCACGGUAACAAUGCUAGCCAGGUGUACAUCGAGAACGUGAAAGUCCGUGACUGGGAAGUCUCAGGAGUCCAUCUGAACGGUUGUCGUCGUUGCACAGUAAAAGGCUGUGAGGUCGGCCCGACUUCCUCUCAAGUGCCCGCGCGUGCCACCUUCUCCAAUGCCCGCUUCCUCGAGCUCUAUACCUCCAGGCUCAUUCCCCUGGGCUUCGAGCAGGAGGGGGUCCUCGGCCUGCUGAACGCCACGAUCAGCUUCGCGGAUCGUGGCCCUCAGACCCUGGAGGCUGUCUUCACGCGUCUGGGCCGUGCAGUGCGCUUGUUCCGGGAGCAUUACAUGAACCGCCUGGAGGAGGCCAGCCUUUCGCCGGAAGAUGCGAGCCUGCUCCACGAUGCCAUCAAGAUCUUCGCUCCGAGGGUACCUGUGCCCGAUGGGAGCGUCGUGUAUGGAAUGAUUUUCAAUCAUCUCGGGGUUCCUGGAGACGACGAGAAUCAUUACGGCGCAGGCGAGGAGGCUGCUGAGAUUUUCAUCAAGGACACCGUCGUCCACGAAUUGACCAUCAAGCCGAGCGAGGUGGCAGCGAUCCUGAACUCUGAUGGGAAGUUUGCCCAAGGACCUGUCCGAGAUCUUUUUCGUGUGUUGGAAGUGGUGAGCAACCGCUUGCGAACCUUGGAUGAGGCUACUUAUGUUGGAGACUUGGUGCACGAUGCUUAUUUGGCCAUGUGGCAGCUUGCCAACGCGUACUAUGAGGCUCAAAUCUACGCUUCUGGCUGCGGCAACUUUGGCUCCAACGCCACGCUGCCCUGGGCAUAUGAUGUUGGCCGCUGCACGCAAGGAGUACCUCAGAAUCCAAGCCUCAAUGGCCGAGACACCGUGAUGCUUCAGAAGAAGUACUUCGGAGGUUUGCACCUAAGCGAGGAACUCUACAAGUGGGCCACCACAUCCGGUGCAUCACUUGGCGACCUCUUCGUGAGCCGCCAAGUCUCAGAAGACCGCUACUCCUCAAGGCACUCCCUAGCAUGCGACGUUGACACCAUGUUCCACCCGAUGCAAGGAGCUAUCGGUGUGAGAUUGGAAGAGGUUCGCCGUGUCUCCAUGAAGAACGUAGAUGUGAGAAAUCUUCGAAACCUUGGAGAUCAGCAUGGGCCGACAUGCCAGGCACGCUGGAGACUUCUUGCCAACAAGGAGGAUAUCGUCCCUGAGCGAAGCGUUGCCGAUGAGGGUGGAGGUGCCAAUGCCCGGGGCUUACAUGUCAAGGUAAGCCAACAGGUGGAGCUCAAGGACGUCUCCAUCACCCACAUCGACAGCGAUGAGGGCUUCGCAAUUGGCAUUGAUAUCGCCCCUGAUCAGAAUGACCGCUCGGACUACCGUGACCGAAGUGCCGUGACGUUUGAUGAUGUGCGCGUAGACGCAUUGACGGCGGGCAGAAAGUCCAUGGUGGCGCGUCUGGGCGAUGAUCAGUUUAACAUGAAGGAGUUCAAGACAGGGCAGCCGGUCGACAACGGUAACUGGUUCAAGCCUCCGAAGCUAGUGAUCAAGCAGGAGAUUUUCCUUCCGACCGCCUUGGUGGCGGCAGAUGCAGCUGCUUCGCUGGCACUUCUGAAGAGCAACACCAGCUACAACACCGACGAGAAGGCCCGAGGUUUGCUGCUGGAUGGCAUCGCCAUGCUGGGCAACAAGUACGGCAUCCACUUCCCCGAUGGCUACCAGAACUGGCCUGUCAGUCAGCUUCUCUUCGUGCCAGUGGAGCCCGACAGCUUUGUUGUCUUCGGAAGCUUUGGUGACCUCGAAUAUACAUCCACAGCCGUCUGCGUGGGAACAACAUGCUCGAAGCCUCCGGCGGGUGCCAUAAUCCUGGAUUUCUUUUACGUGUUCGUCACCGGCCCGUCCGGCAUCACCCUGAACGGCACCUUCGGCGGCAAUGCUGGAAAGUUUGCUCCGCAGGGUACUGCCAUUGUUUCCAACGGCCUCUACGUUCAUCGUGGUCUUGGAACCAUCGACGGCCUGAACCCGAAUGGCGAGGAUGUGGAGAUGAUCUACUAUGCAGAUUGCCCCUUCGCUACUAUCAACUACCCCAACCCUGAUGGUGGCUCUGGGUCAGCAGCUGUCUCCUACAUCAACUGCAUCGUGGAGAAUGACAUUCUCGGUCGAGGCCGAGCAAGGGGGACAAGCAUCACCUACAGCGAUGGCGAGAACACAAGUUUUGUAGUUCAGAAUGCUCUUUUCUUCGAUGACGAGUGGCCUGAUGCACCGACCGGCUCCGGAAGAAUCACGCCGCCAGUCCCGCAGCCUACGUUCCAGCGGGAAUUCCAGACCGACAUUGUGGUCUUCGCUGAUGGGGUGCUUCCUGUGAGCAGGAGCCGAUCAGGGGCAGACAUUCUUCCGUACCUGUUCGCCCACCACUAUACACAUGAAGCAGGCAUCAAGUUCCUUCGCCGCUGGACUUCGUUCAAGUUGGACAGCGAGAUAAGAGAGCUUCGUCACAGUUUCCUUGUAGCCCUGCGGGACACCUUCGGCAUCGGCCUCGUCCACCCGGAUGAUUGGAACGACCUUCCCCUCCACGCUCAGAUCGACUUGGGCAGGGGCAACACUGUUGUUCCCUACGUUGUCAAUCAUCUGAGCAACCAGCGCGCUUUGUUGAAGGUUUUGCCGGACAACGGCGUCGAACAGCUUGGCCUGGAUUCCCGCAUGCACGAGGGUGGCUUCCGUCUCCUUGUGGGAAGCUCUGGCUUAGACACUUCAGCUCAGCACUUGCCGUUCGGCAGUCUCAUUCUGCAAGGUGUCUACGUGAUGGAGAAUGGAUCCAAUCAGGACAUUGAGAUUACCUUCCGAUCAAAGUUUCCCAUGAUUACGGACCCUUGGAGUACACUGACCAUUGUGCAAGAGCUUCACAAUCCGGCAUUGGGAGACGGAGAAGCACGCAUCCUUGUCGCGGAGUCAUCUCCGACAGCAAUGGGGCAGAAGAUCAACAUCAGAGGCAACUUCGGCUUUCGUGGACCUUGA